CACAAGUAACGGCUGAGGAAAUAAGGAAGGAGGGGACAAAAGGAGGGCAGUUAGGCAUCCCUGCACUAUCCCUGCUAGCUCAGUCACUCAGGCACAGAAAUCUCCGUAUCACACAGGCCACUCUGCCACAGGCGAGCUAGAGGGAGGAGGUGCAGGGACACAUAAAGGGAACGGGAACAGGGAGAGGCAGGCUAGAUCAAGGGAAAGGAGGGAGCACUCAAUAGAUAGACAACAAGAUUAAAUAGAUAAUCUAGAAAAUUAGAUAUAGGAAUAAAUAAGUUGAUAGAUUGGAGUAGAUAUAUAUAGAUAGAUACAUAGAUUAGACAGAUAGAUUAGAUAAAUCAUUAGAUAGAUAUAGAUUAGAUACUAUAGAUAGAUGACAGACAGACAAGAGGGGAUGGAAAGUAUUAUAUAAAGAGGAAAGGAACCAAAAGGUGUGGGUUGUUCUAGUUCUAGUCAAGAGGGAAGUUAGUAAGUUCACUAAUCAGAGUCAUGAGAAAAGACAAGCGUGGAAUACGUAAGCACGUGCUGAGAGGGUAAGACAGGUGUGAGGACAAAGGCAGGGCAUUAUUUUAGACACAUAUGGGUAGGUUAGACAUAUGCAAUGAGCAAUAAGACAAGGACUGAGCAGUAAAAGGCAUUCACUGUGCUUACACUUGCUAGCAGGAAACGUUGUGCUAAACUCCACCGACUUUAGCUCACUAGCUGACAGAAUUUAUUUUUAAUAUAAGCAAGAAAUAUAAAUCAUCAACUGCAUGAAAGGAAAUCAUCAUGUCUUUCAAUAAGACAGACACUUAGCAGACACUGCACCGUCCCACCCGUCUGCAGCAGUACCGGGAAGCUGGCUGAUCCAGUUUCAGACAAGGUUGAUGAUGAUCUGUCAAGCUGCCUGGGUAAAGUGACUGGAAAAUGACAUACUAAACUGUUAAUAGGGACAUGGGACGAACAUUGCUAUUGAUCAUUUGUGUGGAUUUUACCAUUGUACAGCUACAUAAGGAGAGAGAACGGCAGCAAGAGUUAAGACAGCUAACCUAUCUUGAAGGUCAUCAAACCUUUUCUAUUUAAUUUCUGUUUGAGACAAUGUCUGAUCAAGAUAAAUUGAACCAAGAGUCACUGGAGGAACCUGGAAAAGAACAGGAUCCUGAGACCUCCCCAACGAUCCCAGAGAAGAGCAUCAUUAAUCAAACGGAAACAGAUGAGAGAAGAGAGGAGAUCCAGAAACGAAAUCUAAUUCAACAGAAAAAGAGAUCUAAGUCCGGAGCUAAGGGUAAACUUGUUAGAAGCCUUGCUGUUUGUGAAGAUACUUCUCCUCGUGGAUUUGGUGACGAUUACCCAGACAAUCAGGAGUGUAUUCAUCUUCAUCUUUCCAGCCCUUCUGAUCUGCAAGAAGAUAUAAACCUUAAAGAUGAUAGUGAGAAAGACAAAGAUAGAAGCAAAGACAGAGAGAAGACAUUUGAAAAAACAAAAGCCAGGACACUAUCAAAAGAAUGCAGCCAGGAAUACACAGACUCCACUGGUAUAGACCUUCAUGAAUUUCUGAUUAACACUCUAAAGAAUAAUUCAAGGGACAGAAUGAUUUUAUUGAAAAUGGAACAAGAAAUUAUUGAAUUCAUCAACGACAACAAUAAUCAUUAUAAAAAAUUCCCUCAAAUGUCAUCAUAUCAAAGGAUGCUUGUGCACAGGGUUGCAGCAUACUUUGGAAUGGACCAUAAUGUCGAUCAAAGCGGAAAAUCUGUGAUAAUUAACAAAACCAGCAAUACUAGGAUACCAGAGCAAAGGUUUUGUGAACAUUUAAAAGAUGAAAAAGGUGAAGAUUCCCAGAAGCGAUUUAUCUUGAAGCGAGAUAACUCUAGUAUUGAUAAAGAAGACAAUCAGUCUGUUUGCUCCCAAGAAAACAUUUUUAUGGAAAUCAGGCUUUCAGAAGAAACGGGCAUAUGCAAUGAUAUUCAAAAGAAGAGGCAGCUAUUUAGGGGUAACAGAGAUGGGUCUGGAAAAGCCUCUGGAAGUCGUCAAAGUAGCACAGAGAAUGACCUAAAAUGGGCUGAUCAAAGACCUUGGAGCAGUACGGAUUCAGAAAGCUCGAACCGGAAUCUGAAGCCAGCCAUAACAAAGAAUGCAAGUUUUGGUGGAAUAACUGUUCUAACAAGAGGUGAUAGCUCUGCCAGCAGUAGAAGCACCGGAAAACUGUCCAAAACAGGUAGCUCAGAGUCUUCCAGCAGUGCUGGUUCCUCAGGAUCUUUGUCACGAUUACAUCAACCUCCCCAAAGUACAUCUAUAGUCUCUGGAACAUCAAUCAGCAGUACAGGCAACAUACCUUUUUCCGAAAAUGGAAUAACAUCCAGUAACACCAGCUAUAUUAUACUGCCACUUGACGCUGCAGGAAUACCACCUGGCAGCAUACUUCUCAAUCCACACACAGGUCAGCCAUUUGUAAAUCCAGAUGGAACACCAGCGAUAUACAAUCCUCCCAGUGGUCAGCAGGCAAUGAGGGCCCCAGUUGUAGGACAGUCGCAGCAACAAACGUCCUCACAUCCACAGCAAACUCAGCAACCAAUGCAAGGCCAUCUUGUUUCACAGGCUCUGCAGAAUUCUUCACAGCCUGUGCAGUACCCUGCUGUUUCCUAUCAACAGCAUCUACUUCCUGUCUCCCCUACACAACAAUUCCAAGUGAGAGGAGAUGACAUCACAUCCCAGUUUAACCAAAUUAACUUGAGCCGUCAGUCAUCAGGAGAGACACCUGAACCCACCUCAGGACCUGUUUUUCCUUCAGCCAUUCUCACACAGCCAUCGCAGCAGACCAGCUUUGUAAUAUCGUCCUCCAAUCAGCAGAUUGCACCAGGAAGUUUUACAGGAUCAGGUCAAUCAGUGACCCUGCAGCCGCCACCACAGGGAUAUGUACAGCAAUCACCUGCACAGUACAAGCAAGGGAGAACACGGCAAAGAUGGGAAAAGCCGAAAUUCAAGAUGCCUGUAUAUUACUACCCAUCUGGACAGUACCCUACCUCAGCAAAUCAACAGUAUAGACCUGUUGCCUCAGUACAAUAUAAUGCACAGCGAAGUCCACAGAUACCCCCCGCACCACAACAAACAGGAUAUCAGCCUGUUUUAUCUAGUCAACAACAAGGAUUCCAGGGUCUCUUAGGGAUGCAACAGCCUCCUCAAAGCCAGAACUUGAUCAACAAUCAACAGGGAAGCCAGGUGCAAGGCAUGAUGGUCCAGUAUCCAUCAAUAUCUUCAUAUCAGGUGCAAAUGCCCCAGAAUUCUCAAGGGAUACCACAACAGUCAUACCAACAGCAAAUCAUGUUGCCUAAUCUGUCAGGUCAAGGAACACUUACCGCCCCUGGGAUGCCUGUGUACUGUAAUGUUAUGCCUCCUUCCCAACAAACUAACCUAAGGCUGAUCACACCACACUGUCCUAAUAGCAAUGUUCCAGUUAUCUCUUCAAACUGCAGGACAAACUGUUCCAACAUGACUAGCCCAGGAUGGCAAGUCAAGUACUGACAAUAGGAGGAAUUGCGGACACUAUAGAAAUUCAUUGCACAUCAAUGUAUUUCUCGAAACAAAAACCUAUGGCCUUCAAAAAUGAAAGAGAUAAUCACUUGAGACUCUACAUAUUGAAAGUGCUCAGAUGAUUGCUGCUGAUAAUCUGUAAAAAGAUAACAUAUUUUGCUGGCUAAUGGUGCAUAUUUUACAUGUCUGCUAUGCAUAAAUUUAAAGCUUAGCACAUGACAUGAGUUUAUUGAGGUAAGAUUUUUCAUACCAACGAACACCACUGUGUAGAUUGUUAUAUUCCCCUACCCAGAUUAGUUUUGUACUUUGUGUUGAGUUUGUGAACCUGAAGUAUUUAAAAAAGAUACAUAUAUAUAUAAAUAUAUGUACAUAUAUAUUAAAAUCACUGUACCAAAGCUAUAUUGGAUAAAAAAAGAGUGAUGUAACGAAGGAAUAAUUUAUAUACACUAUAACGUUUUUUAUGGAGAUAUGCUGUAUUGUAGUGUUUAUCCACAAUAAAACAUUCUGGCCUCACAGAGAAAGGUCACAUUUCUA